AUGGGAGCCAGCUCUAUCAAGCGCUCCCUUGGAGUCGACCUGACGAACAAGAUCAAGGAGUCGCGCGUACUCCUGGUCGGCGCUGGUGGCAUCGGUUGCGAGCUACUUAAAAACCUCGUCCUUACCGGCUUCGGCGAAGUCCACAUAAUCGAUCUGGAUACUAUCGACCUCAGUAACCUGAAUCGACAGUUCCUCUUCCGCCAUGAACAUAUCAAGAAGCCCAAAGCCCUGGUUGCGAAAGAAGUUGCGCACAAUUUCAAGCCUGGCGCUAAGUUGGAGGCCUAUCAUGCGAACAUCAUGGACCGCCAAUUCAACGUGGAUUGGUUCAAGACAUUCAACAUUGUUUUCAACGCCCUGGACAACUUGGCGGCUCGACGUUAUGUCAACCGGAUGUGCCUUGCAGCCGGUGUGCCUCUGAUCGAGAGUGGAACCACCGGCUUCAACGGACAGGUCCAGGUCAUUAGAAAGGGUGAAACCGAGUGUUACGAUUGCAAUCCCAAAGCCACACCCAAAUCCUUCCCCGUCUGCACCAUUCGUACUACACCAUCACAACCCAUCCAUUGCAUUGUAUGGGCGAAGAGCUACCUUAUGCCACAGCUUUUCGGGGCAAGCGAAGACGAAGAGGCUGAGCUUGAUACGACAGAGAACGCCGAGAAUGCCGAAGAAAUCGCGAACCUGAGGAAAGAGGCAGAAACUUUGAAAGUGAUUCGAGAAUCCAUGGGAUCUGAGGAAUUCUCUAAAAACGUGUUCAAGAAGGUCUUUGAAACCGACAUGGAGCGACUUCGUGGCUUGGAAGGCAUGUGGACGGAACGCGAAGCGCCAAAAGUACUGAUUUUCGACGAGCUCCAAGAAAGCUCUACGUCCACCAAGCUUCCAAAUUCGAAUGGCGAUCAGAGCGAGUGGAGCAUGGAGGAGAACUUUGUUGUUUUCAAGGACAGCUUGGAUCGCCUAAGCAAACGUUUGAAGGAGCUUCAGGCGAAGAAUUCACCAGACGACCCUGAACCAAUCCUGACCUUUGAUAAGGACGAUGAAGAUACCCUGGAUUUUGUCACGGCUACGGCAAAUCUACGGGCAGACUCCUUUCACAUUGGUCGCACAUCAAAAUUUGAUACCAAGCAAAUGGCGGGUAACAUCAUCCCCGCUAUCGCCACUACCAAUGCAAUGACUGCUAGUCUCUGUGUUCUUCAAUCCUUCAAGGUGCUUCAAAACGAUCUGGCACAUGCCAAAAUGGUUUUCCUUGAGAGAUCUGGCCCACGUGCAAUCAAUUCGGAAAAACUAAGACCCCCUCACGCCGACUGCAGUGUAUGCUCCAUCGUGCGAGGGGGUAUCUCAGUCGACCCAAAUGCAACAUUGCAAGAUCUUGUGGAAGGCGUGCUCCAGCAGGAGCUUGGCUACACAGAAGAGAUGUCUGUCCUGACUGACGAGGGCGUUAUCUACGACCCUGAACUGGAGGACAACCUCCCUAAGAAGCUAUCAGAACUGGGAAUAAAGAGCGACUCUUCCUUGAUUAUCAAGGACGAGGAUGACGAGGAGAAAGAUCCUCGCGUCGACCUAGAAUUCAGGGUUGUCGAAAGAAUUGAGCCGUUGGAAGAUUCGAAGCCAGUUACGCUAGUAGAGCCUCUCGACAUACCACGCCGGUCCAGGAAGGUCGAGCCUGAACCAGACCUUCCAAGCGUGAUGAACGGUACAUCGACCACCGGUAAACGCAAGCGUGAAGGCGAAGACGAGCCUUUGACGAACGGUCAUGUUGCUAAGAAAGUUGCUGGCGAGUCAACACAGAACGGUAACGAAGGUGCGGUCGUUAUCGAUGAUGCUGAGGGUAUCGCCAAGGAAGUUGCUGGCGAGUCAGCACAAAAAGUUGAUGAAGAUGUCGUCGUCAUCGAUGAUGAUGAGGGUGCUAUCUUGAUCGACGAUUAG